CCGUGACUAAGCUUCACUUUUUUUUCUUCGGAUUGCGCCACCCGCCACCACUACGAGCCACAUGCCAGGCCGCUAGCCGCACCGUAGCUAUCAGGCACCACAACUGCCAACGGGCUUGGCUGCCAACUGACGCAAGGGUCGCGUGUCGGUCUCAAACUCACCCCUCCUCCUCCGCUUCGUAACCGCCUCAGCAUUCUCCCUCUAUCAAAAUAACCUCUCAGCAGCGUCUGUACUGCUCCGCUCCGUCCAAAGUUACUGCCUGCUGCCCUAAACCAUGCCGUACACCGCUCCGUCGGCGGCCAACGGCGUCAACUCCCUAUAAUAGCAAAGACGGCCCUUUUUACAUCUUGGUCGACUUAUCCCAUCUUUAACAAGCAAGAACCCGAAUACCCGCCAUCCGUGCGACAGUAUCCGAGCUCUCCAACAUGUCAGGCUCUGAUACAGAUGGAAGCCUGCCUCUGCAUCAGAGCGGGCAGGCUUCCCCCGUGCAAGACCCUACGACGCCAUCUAUCGAUCCCCAAGAGGAACCCACGAUGGACGAUGCCGAAGCUGCUCCAACUAUAGAUGGCAGUGAUAGUAGUGCUGACCAGGUUGCAGCCACGCUGCAACACCUCGACCUCAGCCCUACACAAACAGCAUCAAACGAAACGGCUACAGACAUUGCCAGUGUCCCGGUUUCACAAACACCACCGUCGGACGAGCCACCACCAUACAUAUUUCCCCAGCGAACGUCUUCAAUACGAUCUUCAAAUGAUACCUACCCGCGAAAUGAAGCUGCUGGUGCAAGUACAGAUGAUGCUGGUGCUGGUACUGAUGUUGGUGCCCAAGAAUCACCAGCUCCCCUCGCCGAAUCAUCUGCCCCAGUCACCACAAGACGAGGAACUCUACGGUCUAGCGUAUCUAGCAGAUCAGUUACGACCGCUAGAGGAGACGACGCCUCUCAGCAUUCCCUCGCCCAGCGCUCGUUGCGACGAAAUACGUCCUACGAAUCACAAAGACGAAGGACCCAGGAUGUUGCACUGCCUAGAUGGCAGUCCGAUGCUGAGGUUACUUAUUGCCCAAUUUGCAAAACACAGUUUAGCUUCUUUGUUAGAAAGCACCACUGCCGCAAAUGCGGUCGAGUUGUUUGCAAUGCAUGUUCACCACAUAGGAUCAUUAUACCCCACCAAUACAUUGUUCGACCCCCAGGAGCAGACGUCAAUGUCGGUCUUCACCCUACGCUCUUCGUCGAUGGCUUAGGGACAGGCUAUAUGGAUGCGAGCGGAAUAUCAGGAGGAGAGCGUGUGCGGCUCUGUAACCCAUGCGUCCCAGAUCCCAACGUCGCGCCGCCUCAUAGCCCAGCUCUUGAACAGGGCUCUGGAAGAAUGUCACAUCGACGUGCAAGGAGUAGCAUUAGUGGCAUUGCUCCUAGCACAAACGCACGUCUCCAUGACCCUGACCAUUCGGACUCCAGCUCCGGUGACCAUUGGCCCAGAUCUAGAAGUAUUACAAUGGGUCCCUAUGCACAGAUUGGAGCAAACGAGUCGUCUCGGGAUGCGAUGCGCGCAAGCUCAUCUUACCACCAGACAGCUCGUGAACGAUUCAUUAUCGCAGCACAGAGACAGGCGGCGGAAGCGUCGUCCUCAAGACGCCGCCCACUACCACCACCUCCUCAGAUUGCAGAAGAAGACGAAUGCCCCAUCUGUCACCGCGAGCUGCCGUCCCGAGAGCUCCCCGAGUUUGAGACUCUCCGAGAACAGCAUAUCACUGGCUGUAUUCUAGAGCACAGCCGGUACGGCAGCCCUAGAAACGCAAAUGCAACAACGAAUGAUUCGUCCCCAGCACCCGUUGCGCCUCGCCGUAGUGGCAUGUAUACCUACAAAGCAACGGAAAAGGACUGUGUGGAUGAUGCAGAGUGUACCAUCUGUCUGGAAGAGUUUGAAGCCGGUGUAGGCAUGGCACGACUAGAGUGCCUGUGUCGAUUCCACUACAAGUGUAUUUCACUGUGGUUUGUUAACCAUCCCGGCCGGUGCCCUGUUCACCAACAUGAUGGUUUCGGGUAUUAAUGAGCAGACGGCGGAUGUGAUGUCGGUUUUAUUUUUAUUUGUUUUUGUUGUAAUUACAUUCUGGAGAGGUAGCUUUGUUUUUGAGUUUUUGGCCAUGUGGGAAGCAAGCGAUUUUUGUGGUUUUUGUACUUGGGUGCAUUUAUACAUAUACAUACAUUUACAAUGAGGUCUCUACUCGAUUCUAUGUCCGUAUCUUUAAGCUCUGGUGCCGACCCCAUCAUAUGACGACACUACAAGGGACGGCUUACGACACAUGGGUAUACUUACGUGGGUACAGACAGCGCCUCACAGCUUUGCGCAGUAGAAGUGCUGAAGAAGGACGCAUCGUCGGCAAUCGGCCUCCAGGGUGCGUGCUGCUGCGGAUAUUCGGCACCGGACGAUAGGGCAUUGCAGCGGGGGGAUAAAAAAAACGUGGCGUGUUGGGUUGGUUGGCUAUCAACGAAAGCGUUCAGUACGAAUUGACCAGCAUAUUUUACGUUCUCCCGCCUUGAAUCCUAUUUCAAUUGCAUCGUCAUUUUUCUCUACAAUGCUUUUGAAAUCUCCUAUCCUGUCUUGUAUUUUCUGUUCCCCGACGUGGCUGGGCCAGUCUCGCCCGUGCAAGCUCCCUCUUCUGUGGCUCCCUCUAAAUUUACUGGGCUGUGUUGGCGUGGAGUGGUGCUAUAGCGG